AUGCGUCUUUCGUUGCCACCCGCAACGGCUCCUUGCCCAACCAGUAACAACAACAGCAGCAACAACAACCAAUCUUGUGUUAGCACCAAGUCGAACCAGCCCUUGGUCCUUUGCCGCUGCUACCUCAAGGCACCAAAAGAACCGUUCGCAACCAACUCUCAGCACCAACGACCUUUCUCGACCACUGCCUCAGUCUUCAACAACAGCAAUAACAAGAACACUUCUGUCACAGGACUCGACUCUCUCCAGACAUGGCGUCGGCCCUACCAUUACCCAUCAUCCAAAUCUUCACAGGAGGCCCGCUCUCUGGCCACUAUGCCCUCAAAGCCAACUUUCCAGGCUAUACCCAACUCGAUCUCCGACCCUGCCACUCGCCUCCAACGGAACCUGAGCGUUGUCCCUCACCACACCAUCAAAAAUGAGAUCAAGCUGCGAUGCACCGAGUUUGACCACAAGGGAAACGUCAAAACUACUGCCGGCGAGUUCUUGAAGAGCGAUCUAUGCCAACAGCAUGGACUGCACGCCAGAGACUUGCGCAAGAUCGACAGCAGUUUCAACAACCAGAUGCCCGUGCUAUUGGUUCGCCCUGAGGCGAUUCUUGUGAACGUGGGUCAUAUCCGUGCCCUGAUCAAGGCAGAUCUCGUCGUCCUGUUCGACUCUUUUGGAUCGACCGACAGUUAUAACCAAUCCAUUUUCAUCUAUGAUCUCGAGGAGAAGCUGAGGAUGAGCACCAGUGCUGCCGGAGGUCUCCCCUUUGAAUUCAGAGCAUUGGAGGCUAUCUUUAUUUCGGUGAUAUCGUCGUUGCAAUCGGAGAUGGAUGUAUUGGUGCACUUUGUGACGAAGCUGUUGGCGCAUCUAGAAGAGAGCAUUGACCAGAACAAGCUGAAGGAACUGUUGCAGUACUCCAAGAAGCUGUCCCAGUUUGAGUCCAAGACCCUGCUGAUCCGCGAUGUCUUUGUGGAGGUGUUAGAUCAAGAUGAUGAUCUGGCUAACAUGUACCUGACGGAGAAGAAACAAGGACACCCCAGGACAGAGGACUCUCAUGAAGAAAUCGAAAUCUUGCUAGAAUCAUACCUGAAGCAGGUCGAGGAGAUUGCCAAUACGGUCGCCAUUGUCAAACAGCAGAUGCAAUCAACUGAGGAGAUCGUCAACGUCAUCUUGGGCGCCAACAGGAACCAGCUCCUGCUCUUUGAACUCAGGAUCGCAAUGGGCACCCUGGGUAUGUCGAGUGGAGCCAUUAUUGCCAGUCUCUACGGAAUGAACUUGCACAACUAUCUCGAAACCAACCCGCACGCAUUCGCCAUUGUCGGAUCAACUGCUCUGGGUAUCAGCAUGAUGGUCUUUGCCUUUUGUUCCCGGAAACUCAAGAUGCUUGCCAAAGGAACCACAUAG